AUGGCGUCCAAGGGUAUCAAGUUACCGCCCCAUGGGCAUACGGCUGGUAUCUAUGCGGACAUGUCGGUCGACGGUCCUGCGAUUGGCACUUUGGUUGCUGUGAUUGACCGUGCUAAGAACUUGCCCAACCGCAAGACCCUGGGCAAGCAGAAUCCUUACUGUGCUGCCCGCUUGGGCAAAGAAGCGAAGAAGACCGACACAGACGUGAGAGGCGGCCAGACCCCAAAAUGGGACCAGGAGCUACGCUUCACCGUCCAUGAAUCCCCCGAUUACUACCGGCUCAAAGUGUCGGUUUUCAACGACGACAAGAAGACCGAUCUGAUCGGCGAGACAUGGAUUGACCUGAAUAACCUAAUCAUCCCUGGAGGUGGGCAGAGUGAUCAGUGGCAUGAGCUUCAAUUCAAAGGCAAAUACGCUGGUGAAGUCCGCAUCGAAAUGACCUAUUAUGAUACUCGACCAGAAGACGAGGCCGUUAUCGAGAAGCGAAAGGAAGCUGCUGAGAAGAUCCAGGCCAAGAACAACAACAACAACACCACCACCACCACUACUACUACGGGAUCGUCACUCUCGGGUCCGCGACAACCAAAGCAGGUCAAAAGACGACCUCUGCCAGAAGAUCCCACUGGUUCUUCUUCCACCCGACCACAGGUGCCGGAGCAUCCUCCGCAGGCCUCAGGGCAUGCCCAUUCUACACACCCACGCUCGGUCAGUGGUGAUUAUGCUCGUCCGUCGUCGAAACAUGGGGGACAAUCGGACGUUCACGUACCCCAGGUGCACGGUUCAUCACCAGCAUCACAUUCGCAGGCACAGCAUCCACAAGCAUCGUAUCCACAAGCAUCGCAUCCACAAGCACCGUAUCCACAGGUAUCGCAUCCCCAGGGGUCGUAUACCCAGGCACCGUAUCCCCAGACGUCACAUCCACAGGCAUCACAUCCACAGGCGCCACAUCCACAAGCACCGUAUCCCCAGGGGUCGUAUCCCCAGGCACCAUAUCCCCAGGCAUCGUAUCCGCAGGCACCGUAUCCACAAGCCUCGCACUCGCAUAGAGGCUAUGAUAUGCCGGAUGACAUGCCAAGGGAAAGGGCCAGUCACAACAACCGACCGCCAGCCGGAAGCCAUGUUCCAUAUCCUGAGGAAGUCCGGAUGGGCUCCAGAGACCAGCACAUCGAUUCGUAUGACCCACCGUAUCCAGACACACAUCCUGCACAAGCGGAAUAUGGUGAUGAAACCCAUCAAGGCGAGCAUCACUGGCAGAGGCAGCCUGUGGCGCAGGAUCACUAUGAUUAUCCGCCAGAGCCAAACGAUAUCUACAGACAAAACCAAUACGAAGCACCUCCUCGACAGAACUUCCAUCAGAUUGCUUCUCCCGAGCAUGGCCGAUAUGAUGCCGACCAGAUUUCCUACGGACAACAUUCUAGGCAUUCUUCGCAUGCACAAGUGAAUGGCUAUGGGUCGUCUCCUCCGGGCUUGCCACAAGUUUCUUCUGAGCAGGCUCCUCGCCACCAAUACAACACAUCCUCGACCAAGCCAGAUGGAUAUCGAAGCAGUCACCCACGUCAAUCCAUGGGCCAAGAGGAGGAACGCCCAUCAUAUGCAUCCAUGCAGCCAACUGUCGAAGAUGAACACGAGGAAGAGUCCGUACCUCCUCCUCCACCCGUACACAGAUCAGCAUACAGCCCAGGGAGUCAGCGUUCCGGGCCCCCUCCUGCGUCUUACAAGGCCUACUCGCAAGAGUAUGCGCCUCCGAUGUCUGAAUCGCAAGAUCAUGCCGUGCCGGCGCCAAUAUCUCCUGCCGAACAGGAUCUCUCUCACUCGGGCAUUUCGAUGUCAUCUAAGACGACAAACAGCGCCCAGAUGAGACCCUAUCCCUCAAAUCCCUCUCCAAAUACCAGCUCAUCAGCCAUGCCUCCAAGCCUGGUAGCGGGCUUUGAUACGGGAGGUGCGGGAGCAGAGCCACCUCGGGCCAUGCACGAAAACCACUCUGGGCGGAUGCAGGUCAAUAUGCCUUCUCCAACCGCGCAGAUUCCUUAUCCUGAGGAUGCACCGCAGUAUCAAAUGCCUGCUCCGCCGCAGCGUUCUUCUCCGGGUGCUGUGGAGGAGAGACCCAUGACGCGGAAAUCAAGGUCGAGGAGCCCUGAUCGACGAGGAAUCCCUCACAGGAAAUCAAUCAGUCCCAAGCCCGUGCCGGUUGAGGAUCGCGAGUUAUCUGGCAUGCCUUUCUCACCAGAUUCCUAUGACACUUUGAAUCCCAACGCACGAAGGGCUUCAUCCGGUACUGGGGAGCCCAGGCCGCGAUACGAGACUCCUGAUCGAGAGACGGAUUCGGGAAGACAGAGUGAGAGCCAGACGAAGGAAGAGGUCGGCCCCAUCAUUGGUGAUGAUGGCCGUAUCAUCGAUCCUUCUGACCAUCUUCCAUCUGAGACCUGGGCUCCCGAACCGGAGCGAAAGACCAAAAAACCAGAGGUUAUUAUCCGCUUCAAGCACCCACAGCAAAGUACCCCGCACGGUCCUCGGUCAUCCCCUCGAGAGACGGGGACUUCCCAUCAUCAGACGAUGCCCACCACUCCGGAUUCUGCUGGACGCACUGGCAGGAAUCGUCUUCAAAAGCAAAAUGGCCGUCCUCAGUCUUACGGACAAGCACCCAAUGCAAGUCCUCACACACCUCCUCAGCCCGGCAGUGGCUCUCGCGAAUAUGAAAAACAACAUGGGCACAACCAUCAAAGAAACUACAGUACGCCCAACUAUGGCAGUCCUCAGCCGCUGCGGAGGUCCGCCUCACCGUCGCCGAGUCCAUAUUCGAAGUCGUCAUUGUACACGUUAGAGAACACUGGCCCCCCCAUCCCAUCUAAGGUGCCAAUUGCCCAACCUGUGAACCAGAACUAUUCUGGAACGGGGAUGGAUGCGUUGACCCAGGAAAUGCAGUCAAUUGAUAUUGGGUCCGCUGGAUGCGACUCGAGCCGUCCUGGAAGGCGAUAUGUUCCUCGCACUGCGGUCGUGAGCAGCGGUUACGCUCGGUAG